CUUUUCUUCAUGAUCGUAUUGCCUAGAGUGCGUGAGUGCCUAUUGUAUGUACACAUUAUGCACUAGGUGGUUUUACGAGGAUUAAACUGUGCUAUGCUAUGGCUGUGGUCCGUGUGGGUAUAGUCACUAUAGCCAUAGAAUCGUCUCGUCAUCGUCACCUGCUUCCCAAAUGAGUCACCAAAACCCUUUUCCAUCUUAUGACUCUCGAUAUCCGGUUAUUGUGGCGGUUACUAGGUAGCCACAGUUCCUAGGAACCAUGAAGAUCGUUCAACAUAUAAGGCCCUACACCUCUCUCUCAUCUCUCCCUCGCGAUCUCUCUCCACCUGUCUUCGCUAUCCGCGGCGGCUCGUCGCCACACCAUACCAUACUCUUAAAACCAUAUCCCAAACCCUAAGGCACCUUUUCCGGACCACAUAUCUAUCCGCCAUGAGCAAACGUCACAAUCGCAAGCGAACCAGAAGCCGGCCUCGUAACCGUGAUCCCGGCCAUAAUCGCUCUUUACAUCUUCAAACCCCUUCCAUCGACAACUACCAUUUGACUUCAGUUGUUCCAGCCACGCCCGCACCCUUCCCUUCGAUGAACUUGGGAGCACCGGAAGUCGCUUGGAAGCAAAUCAACCAUCUACAAAACCAACAGCGCAUCCUUCAAUUCCAGCAGAAACGGGACAGGGACAUGGAAACCCAGCGACUUCGCUUCUUUGGAGGCUACAUCGAUGAUGAAGUUAGUCUGUUCGAGCCGAUGUUGAAGGUCGUUACCGAUCUUUUCGACGGGAACACCGACUACGAGGAUCCCUGAUCGACUCUGCUUCUUCUGCUCUCCUCUCUCUCUACCCCAACCCUCUCCUCUCGUCCUGUUCUCCUGCUUCCCAGGAUGGCAUCCCACGGGAAGCCAAAUGUUUCUCU